UAAGUCAUAACUGUGUUUCCUAAUUCUCUCUCAAUAAUCUGAACAGAGCAGCAAUAAAUGGGCGACAGCAACAGUGACACAACAACAACAUCAUCAUCAUCAUCGUCAUCAAUUCUAAUGGAGGCAAAGGCAGCGCACCCGCUCCAGCAGAUCGCCGGCAACCCGACCCACAAACUCCUCCUAAAGCAGUGGCUGAAAGAGGAGGACCUCAUCUUCAACCGCCUCUCCCUCAAGGAAACCCAAAUCGACGCCACCCGAAGCCAAAUCACCCACCUCUACUGCCUCUUCUUCCUCUUCCACUCCACCUCCCUCCUCCUCCUCUCAACGGGGCACCCCGCCCUCUGCACGCGCUCCUGGCUGCCCUCCCUCUGCUCCCUGCUCUUCUCGCUGCCCUUCAUUUGGGCCAUCCGCUACAAAACCGAUGUGGAGUCGCAUUUGGAGAAGAUGCUGAGGCGGGAGAAGGAGGACUCCAAGCUUCUGGGCAAGUGCGUGGAGGAAUUGAAGAGGAAGGGCGUGGAGUUCGAUCUGCUCACCGAGGUGGAUGCGCUUCGUCGGGCCAAGAGCUUGCGUGUCGAGUCUAAGGCCGUUAGGACAUGGUCGGCCCGGGAUUUUGUUACCAUGUUUUUCGUGACGCUCUCUUGUGGUGUCAUGGUUUUGAACAGGCUCAUCUUGUGCACUUAAACACGCACUCUGUUUUGCUUGUGCACUAUAACUUUCGGCUUUAUUGUUUAGAUUAUAGUGCAAAUCUCUCUUUUGUGUAACGUGGAUAGAGACAUAUAGUUUCAUUUGUUAUUACAAAGAUUUGAAUGUAAUUUGAAUUUGUGUUAUAGGUGGAAACUUGAAAAGAAAAGUGAAUGUGUG